AUGCUCCUAUCAGAACGGUUCGUGUGGGGGGCAGAACAUCAAGCGGCCCUCGACGACAUCAAGCAAUAUUUAUCUCAACCACUAGUCCUCAUGCCGCCGAAAAGAGGGAAACCCUUGAGGCUUUACAUUUCGGCUUCAGAAGGCUCUAUCGGUUGUCUGCUGGCCCAGAACAACGAGUCUGAGCGAGAGCAAGUAGUGCAUUAUUUGAGCCGCACCCUUAACAUGGCUGAGCUAAACUAUUCACCGAUCGAGAAAUUAUGCUUGGCACAUUAUUUCGCGGCCACCAAGUUGCGCCAUUAUAUGCUUCCUUCGGUCGUUCAGAUCAUCUCCAAGACCGACCUCAUCAAAUACAUGCUUACUCGGCCGAUCAUACGCAGCCGGAUCGGGGAGUGGACGAUGGCAUUGUCCGAAUUCACCUUCCAAUAUGUGGCUCAGAAGUCGGUCAAAGGCCAGGCAUUAGCCGAUUUCUUGGCCCACCACCUGGCUCAGGGGCAAAAGGGGGAGUUGGAGGUUGAGAUCGGCAUGGCCUGCAUGGAGAAGAACUACUGGACCAUGUACGUCGAUGGCUCUAGUACCGAGACCAGAUCUGGGGCCGGGGUCGUGAUCGAGUCCCCCCAAGGACAAAGGUGGCAAUUUGCGUUCCAGCUUGGUUUCAAAUGA